AUGUCAAAAAUAAUUGGCCGUCUUGUUGUUGAUGGACAUCAGUUAGAACUUAUUAAUGGAGAAAGUUUUUAUAUGCCUUAUAAAUGGAUAAAGGCUGUACUAAACGAAGUUAAUAACUCCAUUGGAGCAGGCAAGGUUCUUGCACUCAGCGUAUUAGGGCUGCAAAGCUCAGGAAAGUCAACUUUUUUAAAUACUAUGUUUGGUUGUCAGUUUUCAACCCGGAGCGGAAGGUGUACAAGGGGUAUUCAUGCAAAACUGAUACCUGUAGAUACUACUAAAUUUAAAGAUAAAACAUCAGAUUACAAUUAUAUUCUUGUUGUCGACACAGAAGGGCUGAGAUCACCUGAAUUAAAUUAUUUACGACAUGAACAUGACAAUGAAUUAGCAACUGCAAUUACUGGAAUAGGAGAUAUAACACUGAUAAAUAUAAUGGGGGAAAAUACAAGCGAAAUACGAGAUAUACUUCAAGUACUUGUCCAUGCAUUGCUUAGAUUGAAAAUGACAAACAAAGCCUUAGACUUAAAGAAAAGUUGUGCUUUCAUUCAUCAAAAUGUAACAGAUAUUGCUGCGUCCGAAAAUUUGAUGAGCGGUCUAAGUAAAUUAAUACAAACUCUGGAUGAGGUGACUAAGGAAUCAGCAGAAAGCAUUUAUAUUAAAAAUAUAACUACUUUCAAUCAGGUAAUUGAAUUUGAUAUAAACUCUCAAGUAUGGUAUCUCAAAAAUCUGUGGCAAGGUAAUCCUCCGAUGGCUAGAGUUAAUACAGCAUAUAGUGAAAGUGUAGUAGACAUUAAGUCCAGAAUCUUAAAAAAAGCCUUGACAAUUAAAGAUAAAUCCUACAAAUCUUUAAACGAUAUAACUGAACAUGCAUAUAACAUAUGGAAAGGUGUUCUGAAUGAAGACUUUGUAUUUUCCUUUAGGAACAGCAUUGAAAUCAAAGCUUAUAAUGCAAUGGAAUGUUUUGUUCAAGAUCAACUUUUUAAUCUAGAUAUCCUAAUAAGAGAUGAGAUAAUACACAAAUCUCGAAACGGAUUUGCUAAUUGUGAUCAGGAAGAUAAUUUAUCAAGAGUAGAAAAGACUCUGAAUUCAGAAUUAAAUGAACUACUGCUUGCUGAAAAGGAAAAAAGCGAAGAAGUCGUCAAAGAAUAUUUCAAAAACGACAAAUACAAGGACAUUAUUAUUCAAUGGCAAAAGAGUCAAGCACUCCGUUUCGACAAAUUGUGUGGAACAUUGGAACAAUCAAUUGAAAAUCGAAUAAAGAAAGAUCUUCAUGAAAGAGCUGUACAAAUUUUUACUGUAACGUGUUGCAAGGAGCAUGAAGAGGAACUUAGAAAAAUGUCUAUGGAAAUUGCUAAAGAAAAUCUAGGUAAACCAUUAAGCGAAGACGCAAUAGAUAAUCUUUUCGAUAGUAUCUGGCAAUCAUUUGUAAAGAACGUACAUAUCCCCUCUUAUUUAGAAACAAAUAGAACAAAAACAAUCGAUAUGUUUUAUGCUUGUCUUAAGAAUACGAAUAAGAGCGAUUUUGUGGCGUUAAGAAACGCUUUGGAAAAAAGCAAUCACUUGACACCAUUGCCAAUUUUUACAACUUUAAAGGGAACAUUCAGUUACACAGGUAUUGAUGAAAAAGAUGUCAGCUUAUCAGCAUGGCUAAAAACAGACGAUCUUUUUUUCCGGACAAAUGUAAUGAAGAAUGUUGAAACCUGGGCGGAUGAAGUAUUUGGAGCAGUUGACAAAAAGAUCGAACGAAUUUUUCAAAUCGGAGAAGAAAUAACGGAAAUUACUAUAAAUAAAUUUUUGCAUGACAUUAGUUUAAGCAUAACUAAUAUGUUUAAGGGGGAUACCAAUUUUGAAAUUCAAAUGCCAUUUUAUGUAAAAUUGCUUGUACAUGUAAGUAGGCAUGCACAUGUGGUUUUCGAGAAACAUAAUGAAAACUAUUUUACAAUUUAUGGUGCUGCUGCUCGUCUUAACAAAUAUAAAAUACAACAAAAAAUAAGCUUCGAAGCUCACCUACGUGGUCGCUUAUUAGAAGAUGUUGUCUCGAAACUUUUUGUCAACGUCAUUGAAAGUUUCGCUGACGAAUGGACAUCACAAACGCUUCCAAAUAGAGUAACUGAUUAUCUUCAUGAUAAUCUUCCUUCAGCGAAAAAUAGAGCUAUAAUUGAAAUAUGCACUGAUCUUUUGGAAAAAGGCGAUUUCAAUAACUUCAUUCGAUACAUACGUGCUCCAAAUGAUUAUGCAAGCUCAUGGAUAACUGAAAAGGCUAAUCAUUUUCUUUUUGCACCAGAAUCAAGGUUAUACUCGAAAUCAUCAUCAUUUAUACUACAAAAUUUGUUUCAUACUGUAAAGGAGUGCGUACAAAAUAUACGCAAGGAAUCCAAAAAUCAAUUAGGCAUUUCCAUCGAUCACUGGGUCAAAUGUUUUCAGAUCCUAAUGAAAGAGUCAGGUUUCUUUAUUACCACAGAAAAUUUCAGAAGCAUGAAGAAGGAAACAGAGACUAUUGAAAAUUUAGAAUACCUCACAGAUGAAGUCUUAAAGAGUUUGGGGAGAACAGAAGCGGAUCUUGUGUCCCGCUUUAAUAAAGUUGAUUGUGGUUCUGUACAAUGGGCAAAUUCGAGUCCUAUUGAGCGUUUAAUACAAAAGAUAUGGGGAUGUCAGGAACAGUGUCCAUUUUGCGGUGAACCAUGUACAAAAAAUGAAGAUCAUGCAGACUCCGAUCACAACUGCAUGCAGCAUCGACCUUUAUGCUGCAUAGGAAUUCACAUUGUUGAAUCUCGAAUCGCACAGCUAGCAUCGUGUGAAUUAUAUGUACAAACAGAUAUAAGCCAUCGUUGUGUAGUCUUUGAUUACAAAUGCAACAAUGAAAAACGAGAAAAAUGCGGUAAAGAAAGGCAUCCUUUCAGAGAUUAUAAAACGAUCCUGAAAGAAUGGUAUAUAGCUCCAUCAGCUAAUAUGCAUGAUACCUGUAGAUAUUGGAUGUGGUUUGUGUCGACAUAUAAAGACAGGCUGAGUGACUACUAUCAGUACAAUUUCGAUGAUAUACCCUCAUCAUGGAAAGAUAUAACAAAACAUUCGGCAAUAAAAAGCCUUUCUGAAACUUAUUCUGUAUAA